AUGUCCGUUACUAUGCUAGCCGGUUUCUCCACGUCCCCCAUCAACCCGCACCUCGGGAUUCUCCCCUCAGGCUCCGUGCCGCCCGGCGCCGCCCUCCUGCUGUGUGAUGACGUGGCAGCAGAAGGAAGCUUCCUGCUGCUGCACCUGCUAAAAUCACACCUGCUGUCACCGCCCUCGCAGGGGGGAGGGGCGGGGGAGAGGCGCGGGGACGGGGGGCAGACGGGGGAAGGGUGCAGGGGAGGCGGGGAGGGGUGUGAGAGGACGGUGUGUUUGGUUGCAUUGGCGCACCCUCCCUCUCAUUACAGUCACAUUGCCAGGAGAAUGGGCGUUCACUUCACCGACCUCUGCAGGCAGCAUUGCCUGGCCAUCAUUGACGGCCAAUCACAGGCCUACACAUGGCAGCCUGAGGGCUUAGAUCAUGCACGCGUGUGUCAGAAACAAGAAAGUCAGCCGCAAAAGGAUGUGCCGCAUCAGCAAAAGCAGCAGCAGCAGCAGCAGCAGCAGCAGCAGCAGCCGCAGCAGACAGGAAUGUACCGUUUCUCUCCGCCAAUCCCCUUCUCUCCGCCCUCCGAUCCACCUUCCCACGCCCUUCCCAGCAGCACAAACUCCCAUCACUCUGCCAACCCUCUCCGCUCUCUCUACUCCUCCAUCUGCUCUGCUGUCACCUCCCUUGGCUGCCCCCUCCACUCCUCCCAACCAGCCCCUUCUCACCCUCCUCUACCACCUUCCAACCAUGCGAAAGUCCCUUCCCACUUAACUGCCACAACUCAGCCUGAUGCUGCUGACUCUGGUUCUACAGCUGCCACGUCACCAUCACCAUCUGGGAUGUCUGACGUGGCACUCCCAGCUCGGUGUGGUGGCCAGCUGUGCAUCGUGAUUGAUGACGUGUCGCUGCUGGAGACGUGUGCGGGCGGCGAUUCUCGGCUGGUUAUGGACUUUCUGUCAGCGUGCCGUGGUUUGUGCACUAAGCAGCAUAGGGCCUCUCUCGUGCUUCUCACCCAUACAGCCGUCCAUCCAACCACCUUCACCUUCGCUCCUCCCCCACCACCACCGCUCCCCACCCUUUCCUCCUCCUCCUCCGCUUCCUCCCCCAUCGCCUCACCUUCCUUCCUGCCCUGGCUGCUGCAUCUCUCUGAUGUGCUUGUGCUGCUGAGACCACUUACAUCAGGCCACGCAUCAGAUGUUCACGGGCAGGCGGACAUUGUUCAUCUCACACCCACACUGCUGCAUGGCUCAUUGCACAGAGAUGGCACACACCACCCUCCCUGCCAGCAGCAGCACCUGGUAUAUCAAAUCUCGGACACUGGCGCUGUGUUUGCUGCCACUCAGUAG